GCAGAAGAAGAAGAGACGAAAACGAAGAAGAAAAAUACUUGAAAAAAGGAGAAAAGUUAGUGCCAGUGAAUUUGAUUAAAAGUUCGCUGGCUGCACGCUGAACUUACCGAAAUGUAUGCAGUAAUUUUACCGAAAUAUAGACUAAGUGUGCCUAGCAUGCCGCCGCCGUCAUCCAUUAACAUGGAAGAUGGGAGUCAGCAGCAGUAUGUGGAAAUGACAUACAAGCAAGUUUGCAUUGACCUGGAGAGGGCCACUCAGUGUAUAACACAAAUAUUACAGAGUGAAGUGGAGUCAAACAAGCAGCUGAAAUUGAAGAUCGAUCAACUUCAGAACGGCUUGGAGGAAAAGGACAAAUUACUGACACAGGCCAACCAGACUGUCACAUACCUGAGGAAUGAACUGCAUCAGCGACUGCAGAGUACCAACAGUGCAUCCCAGGAAGUGAAGGGAGGGUAUGAUGGUGAACUUAAAACUGAGGUUAAAGAAGAAGCUGAUAAUGAUGGAUAUGGGGACUCCAGUGGAGCUGAACUGAUACAGACUGUGCUGGUGUCAUCGGAUGGGCAGAGGCUGCUGCUGCCCCCUAUCUCUGGAGAUGGGGAUGACAUGUACAGUCAGUCUGGAAAAGGGUCCUCCAGUCAGCCACCAGCCCCCCCCUCAAGGAGGAAGUUCCCCUGCCCUGUGUGUGGAAAAGGCUUCCGCUUCCGAUACGACCUCAACAUGCACCACAAGCGCCUUCACACGUGUCACAAGCAACCAUCUGCUUCGUCUUCACCAGCUGUUCACACAGGACAGGGGUGGAGGGAGCGCUCACACAGGACAGGGUGGAGGCGUUCACACAGGACAGGGUGGAGGCGUUCACACAGGACAGGUGGAGAGAGCUGCUCACACAGGACAGGGUGGAGAGAGCUGCUCACACAGGACAGGGUGGAAGGCGUUCACACAGGACAGGUGGAGAGAGUAGAGGAGCUGCUCACACAGGACAGGGUGGAAGUAGAGGCGUUCACACAGGACAGGGUGGAAGUAGAGGCGUUCACCUGGGACAGGGUGGAGAGUAGAGGCGUUCACCUGGGACAGGGUGGAGAGAGCUGCUCACACAGGACAGGGUGGAAGUAG